GAAUUACUCCCGUUUGUUUUAUUAACAGGGUUGCAUUUGCUAUUAUGCACAUAUAUGCAUAUAAAUAUAAAACAGCAGCAAAAUGCAUUUUUCCCCUCCUCAUCUCUUCUGGUCUCUGUCUUCUCAGGGUCAUCGCCAUCCCCCUCAGCAAAGUCUUAGGUGUGAAGGAUCGGAUUCGGAUUCGAGCCGCUUCCAUCCCAAAGCUGGAAGCGUUCUAUAAACAGCACAGCCAGCAGCCAUCGCAGAGUGAAGUGGUGGGCCUGGGGAAGCAGUGUGGACUCUCGCAGAGAAAGAUCCAGACCUGGUUUAGACACAGAAGGAACCAGGACAGACCCAGCAGCACCAAAAAGUUCUGCGAGGCCUCCUGGCGCUUUGUCUUCUACCUCACGUCGUUCACAGCAGGGCUCGGCUCUUUAAUUGAUACGCCGUGGUUCUGGGAUCAGAGCGAGUGCUGGAGGGGUUAUCCCAAACAG